ACCCGGAAGCUGCUCGGUGCCAUGUAGUUAGUCUUGUUAGUACGGUAUUAUGGCUCUCAUUACUUCUAUGAAGGAUGACGCGUGUGGCGCGUGUCACUGUGAAAACAAACAGACAAUGUCACUCAUUUCUCUCGUCUCCACUAACAGACGCGGCCCUUUGGGGCUAUUCAGGCAAACGGGUGAGCAAGAGAGAUGUCGUGGAAACAACCGCAUCAGUCAUUGCCGCUACUGGUGGCGAAGAGAACCAACAGGAAAAUACUGCGAGCAGACUCUUCUCGACAUUGAUCACAUUCGCUCCUCACUGAGAGCUCUGCCUACUGUUGCUGAGUACAAGGAACUCUUGUCGACUCCUUGCGGCGAAGAGGGGCGCAAGACGCAAGUGACCUGCAGCAGUCAGUCUUUUCAAACUCGUUCGGCUUGGAUUGAAAGUUCCCGUGAAACAAUUAGUGGCUGCCAGGUAGCGGGAGUUGUUGAUAUGUUGCUGAAGAAGAGAAGUGAUGAUGCACUGUCGUUCACUGACGAAGAAAUUCUUGUCGACUAUGGCAGGCACAGAUCGAGGAUUUCUGGUCGACAUAGCAAGAACAUGUAACUUAUACUGAUUGAUAGCGAAAAUAUUUCUUUAUAGCAGCAUUAAUCAUUUCUGAACUGUUUCAAUGUAGUUAAUGAAUUAUUUAAUUAAUAAUUAAUAAUUAAAAUGUGUUCGGG